UGCUGGCUUCCAUCGCCGCAUAUGUGAGUAGUCCUAUAGUGGAGUGACUGAUAGGGCGGCAAGGCGGCAGAAAAGAUCAGGGUUUAUUGCCGCUGCGAAAUGGCCGGGCAGCAGUUUCAGUACGACGACAGUGGCAACACUUUUUUCUAUUUCCUCACGUCCUUUGUGGGACUCAUAGUCAUCCCAGCCACCUAUUACAUCUGGCCUCGGGAUCAGAAUGCGGAGCAAUUGCGAUUGAAAAGUUUACGGAGAGUUCAUGGAAGAUGUCUGUGGUAUCGCCUCCGGCUUAUGAAAUCACAGCAAAGCAUUGUUCCAACACUUAAAAAAGCAGCCCUGUUGUUUGGGUGGGCAGUAUUUCUUCUCCUGGCAUAUAAAGUGUCUAAAUUAGAUAGAGAGUACCAGGAAUAUAACCCUUAUGAAGUCCUCAACUUGGAAGCAGGGGCAUCUGUUGCUGAGAUAAAGAAGCAGUACAGAGUGCUGUCUCUAAAACAUCACCCUGAUAAAGGCGGAGAUGAGGCUACCUUCAUGAAGCUUGCUAAAGCUUACUCGGCUUUGACAAAUGAGGAAUCACGGAAAAACUGGGAGAUGUACGGCAACCCUGAUGGCCCAAGAGUGACAAGUUUUGGAAUCGCUCUUCCUGCAUGGAUUGUUGAUCAGAAAAAUUCCAUGCUGGUGCUGCUGGUCUAUGGGUUGGCAUUUAUGGUCAUACUUCCUGUGGUGGUGGGUACGUGGUGGUACCGAUCCAUACGCUACAGUGGUGAUCAGAUCCUGAUCAACACAACACAGCUUUUCAUGCACUUUAUGUACAAAACGCCUACAAUGAACAUGAAACGAUUGGUGAUGGUGUUGACAGCUGCAUUUGAGUUUGAUCCUCGUAGUAACAAAGAGGCCAUCAUAAGGCCGACAGACAACAUUGAAGUUCCCCAGUUGAUUCGGGAGCUGGGAAAUAUUAACGUUAAGAAGAAAGAGCCUCCUUUCUGCUAUCCCUACAGCCUGAAGGCUCGAGUGUUAUUACUUGCACAACUUGCCAGGAUGGAUGUUUCUGAGAACAUAGAGGAGGAUCAAAGGUUUGUGGUGAAGAAGUGCCCUGCUUUGUUACAAGAAAUGAUCAAUGUUGGCUGUCAGCUCACCAUGAUGGCAACUAGUAGAGGAGGCCUUCGGGCUCCCAGGCUGACGUCCAUAGAAAACUGCAUGAAGCUUUCUCAGAUGGUGGUUCAAGGUCUGCAGGAGGCCAAAUCUCCUCUGCUGCAGCUGCCCCAUUUCGAAGAGGAGCACCUCCGUUACUGUAUCUCUAAGAAGUACAAGGUACGGACGUUGCAGGAUCUGGUCAGCCUGAAAGACUCUGACAGGAGGAACAUGCUUAGAUUUCUGGGAGAAGAGAAGUAUGAUGAGGUCAUUGGAGUCCUCGGCAGCUUCCCUUAUAUCAACAUGGAAACCAAACUUCAAGUGUUGGAUGAUGAAGAUAGCAAUAACAUCACUGCAGGAUCCAUUGUCACAGUCACGGUCAUCUUGACAAGGAAGAGAAUGUCUGAGAUGUUUGAGAAAGAGGAGAACGCACCGCUGCCUGCAGAAGAAGUGAACUCAGAGGAGCAAGGUGAUGCCAAAAACAAAACAAAGGUUUGGCAAAAUAAGAAUAAAGGAGCUAAAAAAGCAGCCAAGUCCAAAAAGAAGAAACUGACUAAGAAGAAACCAGUCACUCAACAGCAAGCAAAGGGAGACAAGGCCAAACAGGCCAAUGGCAACGUGGCGGGAAAUGAAAUUGUAUCGAAAGAAGAAGAGGAAGAUCUGUCUGAUAAAGGCAGCGAAUCAGACGAAGCAGAGGGAAAUAAGGACUCGCCCAGUGAGAGAGAUGAUGAGAGCGACAAGCAGAGCGACACUGAGGGCGACGAGAUUGCCAGAGAUGACGAGGAGGAAUGGGAGGCUCUACAGCAGAGCAUUCAGCGGCGUGAACGAGCACUGUUGGAGACCAAGUCUAAGGUCACUCAUCCAGUCUACAGCCUGUUCUUCCCCGAGGAGAAGCAGGAGUGGUGGUGGCUCUACAUCGCAGACCGGAAAGAACAGACACUGGUGUCCAUGCCUAACCACGUGUGCACACUCAAAGACACAGAGGAGGUUGAACUGAAAUUCCCUGCUCCAUCCAAAACUGGAAACUAUCAAUAUUCAGUGAUUCUCAGAUCAGACUCGUUCAUGGGAUUAGAUCAGAUCAAGCCACUUAAGCUGGAGGUUCAUGAGGCGAAGGCCAUGAUGGAUAACCACCCACAGUGGGACAUCCCAGAAACUGAGGAAGAGGAGGAUGACCAGGAGGACAGUGAUGGCAUUGAGGAGUCUGAGGAAGACGAAGAAGACAAUGACUAAAAUCAUUUCAUGCAAACUUGAGCACAGCUCAUACACCCAUGUGCCCACUCAUGCACACACACAUACGCACACACACACGCAGCCCCAGACUUCUGGGCCACCAUACACACCAGAGGCAAACAGGAGACAAGGACGUUGACGCCCCAUGAUCCUGUUUAAAACACUCAUGAAUCACAUUUAUUUCGCCAGUCAAACACUCGGGUUUUUCUUCCCUGCGUUCAUCCAGUCGUUAUCGGUGGGCUUUCACCGUGGUUAUCUGUGGGCUCCAGCUGUGUUUCAGAUUCCUCUCCACUCGACGAAAAAGAUGCAUCGGAAUAAAUAAAACCAGAUUUCCGCUUUAAAAACAAAAUCACACACUUCAUGACUGUCAUUUUCAAUCUCACUGUUUAUGCUUCAAGGCUUUUCUACCUUCUCAUUUUGUAGUUUUCUGUAGUUUGUUAGAUAUCAGAUUUACCAGGUGGCUCCACUUUUAUGAGGCUGUGUGAAUCCUGUACUCUGGAGUAAACCACAUAGACGUGGAUGUACGUUCUGAGCUUUGGCACCAUGGGAUGGAGUGACCAUGAUCGCGGUUGGUUAUGAAGUGUGGAAGUUUAAUGCAUAUAUGAAUCUCACAGUUCAUCUUCCAGCUUUGUCAUAAUUUCUCAGCUUCAUGAAAAAUGACUGCAGUCAUUCCUACAGUUUUAACUCGCAAUUAGAACUGCUGUCCCGCUGUUCCACAAAUAAGGAUUUCCUGGCACUAUGUAAUAACAUGACCCAAGUUGUUGUUGUUUUUUUUUUUUUUUCAAUACAUGUUUUGGAAAUGGAUAACUGCAGUUGUUACAGAGACCAUAUUUUCAGUAUAAACGUACUCGAGUACAGGCUUUUUAUCAGUUGCAUCAAAAUCCGAAAGGAAAUUGGAUCUUUUUGCCUCGUCUCAGAUGUGGAUUUUUUUUUUCUUUAAUUUCGAUGAUCAUCUUACAUUCCACUCUCAUCAAAUAGAAACGCCUUAUUCACUGUAUAGAAUUUUCAGUAAAUGCAAAUGGUUUGUGAAAUGAAACCAUCAACACGAGUGAUGGGAAUGUUUAUUUCUGCAAGUUUUUCGCAUUUUAUUUUUAAGUGUGGAUGGCAAUAGGGCUCACAAUUAAGGGCGUUUUUUGGGAAAUGAUUACUUUCGUCCAAUUUAAAUGUUAUUUUGCACCAGUGGAAGGUCUGACAGUGUAUUGGAAGUGCUGGUUUAGUGGUUGUGAAAAUAUUAUUCUGGUCUGUUUAUUUGUAAAUUGGUUGAGGAGAGAUUAAGCUGACGGAAAUGAAUUGAAAUGUAGAAAUGCAUAUAAAAUGUAAUCUCUCCAUUUAUUGUUAAUUUCUUUUCUUUCUUUUCUUUUUAAAUCUUGAGUUUAUGAAUGAAAUUGGAUUUUGUUGUUUGCUCCCAAUAGUAAUUUGUAACAAUUGGAAAAUUGCAAACGGCAGUAGAAAAUCUUUUUUUUUUUUUUAUAUAUUAGCAUAAUCAAUUACCGAUGGAGGGAAAGUGUCAUAUUUUGGCUGCAUGUAACUCACAUUCACAAAGUUUUAUAAAAUGAUGAUGGUUUUACAGAUAAAUAAACAUUUUUAGUGUUCUAGCUCCAAAAAAGAUUGUAGCCUCAGAAACUUAUACUGUGUACUGAAAUGCACAGAUGAUGAGAAAUUGUCUCCACAUACACACACAGAGAAACUCACCGGCCAGAAAAAAAGGGGUGAAUUGCCUAGUAAACACUAUCUGCCACUUUUGUUUACAAGAAAACUGUCAUUGUAAAUGGAAAAUAUAUAUUAUUUGUAUUUAAAUAAUUUCAAAUAAAAUAACUUUUUAAAUGA